CCUCGUCGCCGGCUUCUUCCUCACGACAGGACUCAGAUCAAGCCCGACCUGCACCCUCGCAGCGAAUACAGCGCUUACCACCCUCAGAGCGAACACCGCGCCUGCCUUACCCACCGCCUCCUUCUUCUGCAGCUCCGCGACCACCCGCAAGAAAUCUGCCAGGAUGCCUCCCAAGAAGGCCGCAGCUCCUGCCGAGAAGGCACGCCUCGGCAAGGUGUCCAACAACCUCAAGAUGGGCAUCGUGGGAAUGCCCAACGUCGGAAAGUCUUCUCUUUUCAACGUCCUCGCCAAGGCCGACCUUGGUAAGGCAGCCAACUUCCCAUACGCUACAAUUGACCCGGAAGAGUCGAGGGUAGCGGUGCCCGAUGAGCGAUUUACAUGGCUCUGCGAUCUGUACAAGCCCAAGAACGAGGUGCCGGCCUUUUUGACGUGCAUUGAUAUCGCCGGUCUCACGGCGGGAGCCAGCACCGGUGCUGGACUGGGAAAUGCUUUCUUGAGCCACGUCAGAGCCGUCGAUGGUAUCUUCCAGGUUGUUCGUGCCUUCGCCGAUGAUGAGAUUAUCCACGUAGAGGGUGAUGUCGACCCGUGUCGCGACAUGAAGAUCAUCUCCAACGAGCUCCGCCUCAAGGACAUUGAGUGGACCGAGAAGAUGGUCGAGAACUCGCGGAAAAUCGUCAAGUCAGCAGGCAGCGUCAGCUUGGAAGACAAGAAGAAGAAGGAAGAAUUGGCUGCGAUGGAGAAGGUGCUCCACCUCUUGUCAGAGGAGGACAAGGAUGUGCGGAAAGGCGACUGGACGAGCAAGGAGAUCGACGUUAUCAACGGCAUGCAGCUUUUGACUGCCAAGCCCGUCAUCUACCUCGUCAACCUGAGCGAGACCGACUACGUGCGGAAGAAGAACAAGUGGCUUCCCAAGAUCAAGGAGUGGAUCGACAAGAACAACCCGGGCGACCAAUUGAUCCCCUUCAGCGUUGCGCUCGAAGAGAGGCUCAUGGCACUCGGUGGGCCAGACAAAGAGGCUGAGGAGCUCAAGAAGCUUGGGGAUAAUGUCACAGGCUCACUUGGCAAGAUCAUCAAGAGUGGCUAUGAUGCCCUUCAGCUCAUCAAGUACUACACGGUCGGCGAGCCGGAGACGAGGGCAUGGACGAUCCAAAAGGGCAUCAAGGCCCCACAGGCAGCUGGCGUCAUUCACUCCGACUUCGAAAACAAAUUCAUCUGCGGCAUGAAAUUCUCAUACGACGACUUGAAAGAGUUCGGCAACGAGAGCAGGGUGCAGGCGGCUGGCAAAGUUUCUCAGAUCGGAAAGACCUAUACCAUGGUGGACGGUGACAUUGUCACAUGGAAGUGUGGUCAAUGA